GGGAGCAGACUGGAACUUAGAACAAUCACAGCAGCAGCAGCCAGCAGUGACCGAGCAGCGUCAGACAAGGGGACAAGAUGGAAUCCUCAACAAAGCAGCACACUAACAGCAGUUCCAUUUGGGAGUUGUCUGAGGCACUGAAGGAGGCAACAAAGGAAGUCCAUCAGCAAGCGGAGGAUACUGAAUUCAUGAGGAACUUUCAGAAAGGCCAAGUCUCAUUAAAUGAGUUCAAGCUGGUCAUGUCCUCCUUAUACUUUGUGUAUGAGGCUCUGGAGGAAGAGAUUGAGUACAACAAAGAGAAUCCUGUUUUUUCACCAGUUUAUUUCCCAUUGGAGCUCCAUCGCAAAGCUGCUCUCGAGCAAGAUCUUGAAUAUUUCUAUGGUCCACAAUGGAGAGGGAAGAUCACUUGCCCAAAGUCUACGAAGAAUUACGUAGACAGACUUCAUCAUGUUGGUCAUAAGGAGCCAGAGCUGUUGGUCGCUCAUGCAUACACACGGUACUUAGGAGACCUCUCAGGUGGUCAAGUUCUGAAGAAGAUAGCCCAGAAGGCACUUCAACUACCAAUCACAGGGGAAGGAUUGGCUUUCUUCACAUUUGACUAUGUUACUAACGCAACAAAGUUCAAGCAACUCUAUCGCUCACGAAUGAAUUCUAUAGAAAUGGACAAGGCUAGCAAACAGAGAGUCUUGGAGGAAGCAAAAACAGCAUUUCUACUGAAUGUGAAGGUGUUUGAAGAGCUACAGACCCUAUCAAGGCAAUCUCAGAAUGAUCAUUUCAGAUCGGAGUUACCAAAAUUAAGAAACCGAGUGUCAAAAGACGUAAAUGUAGGUGAAUCCAUCAGUGGGACACAGAGCAGCGAGAAGUUAGUAUUCUCUAGGCCAUAUCUCAGAUGGUCCGCGGUUGCGGGGUGCUUGCUGUUGGCCUGCAUGGGACUGUACAUGUUCUAACACAAAAGACUUUCUGUUACUGACUGCCUGAGCCUACAGGUCAACAUUGAAGACCGUCACCUCCGCGCCUGUUACAGCCAUAUAUUUUAUUUUCCAAGACCUGGACAAAAUUUAAAUCAUGUUGAAUUUUCAAGAGAAAAUUUUGCUAACAUCGCUGCGUCUGCUGUGCCAAAUUCUAACAAUAAUACCUCUAAAUCGGUAAUCACAUACUUAUAGUACUUUAUCUUGGUGAUGCGUCAUUAUUGUUAUAGAAAGAAAAAAACAACAAAUAAUUAUAUUAGCCAUUUUGGCAUUUUAUUUGUAAUAAUAUGACUUUAAUCUUGAUAAAAUAAUAGGUUAUCCAGGGAUAAUAACAUCCAGCAGUACUUAUAUAUGGUUCCUGAUCUUAUGACUGUUCAGGGCCCUUCCUUCUUUGGGGUGAAGUGAAGACCGUGCCGUAGCUAGGGCAAAUCCAGGCUUCUUAAACUUGCCUAUCUUAUCCAACCAUUAAUGAGUAACUAUAUGACUUUCCUUACACCACAGUGAGUCAUAUGCCAAGCCUAGAACUAAUUUCAGUAUUUGUUUUGUUUGCACUAGAUACAGUAGAUCCAUUGGAAAAAUCUUGUAUAAGUAGUACUAUUGUAGCUUUCUAUUGUAACAUACGGUAUAUGUAUUUUAAUAUAUUUAACUAUUGUUAGGACUAACUGAGUCACUUCAUUUCAUUUAAUCUUGAGCUGUUUGGUUUUUAAAUUAGAGAGCAAAGCACAAUUGUAUGGUGCAACGGAAAAAUGCUGGCACUAUAUAAGGAAAUGUUAGUAGAGAUUAGUGAUAAUGAACGCAUGUUCCAAAAAGUUGCACUUUCAUAUUCUUUAAGUUUAAUACUGGUUACUUUUGAGCAUUGUUCCAGAAUCAGAUUAAAAGCCUUCAGUAGAAGCAUCCUUGUCAUGCCAUGUAAAUAUAUUGCUUUCUUGUAAAAUACUGUUCAAGAUAUUGUAUAUAUUGCUAACAGAUUUUGUAACGGCACAUAUAACAGAGCUUUGUACCUAAUCAUUUAUAGAAAUGUUUUAUAUGUUUGUAUGUUUUUUUUUUAACAAACUUGAAAUAAACUUGUAACUAAUUUCUAAAUA